GUGCUGGCGGGGUGGCAGCGCCUGGCCCCGCCUCGGCUUGCGGCGGGGCGACGGGCUGGGGCGGCGAGCGGGUCUUUAGCCGGGAAAGCUCCGCGGGUGAUGUCAGCAGCAGGGGCUGGGCGGCUGCUAAAUAGGCGGGCGCCGCGGCCGCCGCCUGACUCGGGCCGGGCCGCGCCAUGGUCACGCACCAGCUGAGCCCCGAGCGCCCCGGCCGGCCGCGCAGCCCCCCCAGCAAACGGCGGCGGGCGGCGGGCGCCACCCCCGAGGAGCGGGCUCAGCCCCUCUGCCGCGGCCUCGGCCUCCGGGCGCCGGUGAAGAAGAGCAAGUGCCCGAGCUGCCCCGGGGCUCCGCCGCUGCAGGGCGGCGCCGAGCGGCUCUGCGCCCCCGGCAGCCCCGAGCCCGCCGCCCGGCUAGAGCUGCAGGCCUUCCGCGAGUACGGGGCCAGCUGGUACCGCUUCCGCAAGGGGCUGGAGAGCAAGUUCCACCCGCGCGAGCCUCUGGCCCAGCAGCCGCAGGUGACUGCAGAGGCCCGGUGUAAAUUGAUCAGCUGGCUGAUCCCUGUGCACCGGCACUUCGGCUUCUCCUUCGAGUCCCUGUGCCUGGCAGUGAAUACCCUGGACCGAUUCCUCACCACCACCCCAGUGGCUGCCGACUGCUUCCAGCUGCUGGGAGUCACUUCCCUCUUCAUCGCGUGCAAACAGGUGGAAGUGCAUCCGCCCAGAGUGAAGCAGCUCCUAGCCCUUUGCUGCGAUGUCUUCUCCCGUCAGCAGCUCUGCAACCUGGAAUGCAUCAUCCUAAGCAAACUACAUUUCAACCUGGGGGCACCGACCAUCAACUUCUUCUUGGAGCACUUCACCCACCUGCGUGUGGAGUCCUGCCAGGCAGAUGCCAGGGAGGCAGACAAUGCCAAAGCUCUGGCCAAAGGGAUGGCUGAACUUAGCAUGGCCGACUAUGCUUUCAACGCAUAUGCCCCCUCCCUUCUGGCCAUUUGCUCCCUGGGACUCGCAGACCAGAUGUUGCACCACCAAAAUCCAUUGGACUUGCAUAUAAGUGGCUACCCGGAGGAGGUUUUACAGGACUGCACGGACAAACUGCAUUUACUGGUGUCUUUAAACGGAGAUUCUUUACCGGAUGUACUACCCCCUGGAUAUUUCUGAAAAGUGCCUGCAGCUGGGAAGUUAAGCUAACCGGACCAAUACACUUGAAACCCUCUUAUGGCAUCCAAAGCAUCUGUGAAUUUUAAGAACAAUUUGGUUCCUUUUCAUCAAUGCAUUGUAUUUGUAUAAACUAAUAAUUGCUAUACCUCUAAAGAUAACAGUAUUGGCCUUAUUCUCUUACAUAAUUGACUAAUCAAUGUAUUAUAUUUGUAUUUAUUUGAACUCUACAGUGUUGGUUUAGAAUUUUGAUAGAUGACAAAAAUUAAAUCACAUUAUGCACAUUUAAUUACUGUAUGUUAAUUGCACUGACAGAUUUUAUAUAUCUACAUUCAAUGUGUAAAUAGUGUAUACAAUCCAAGUACUGUACAGUUUGUUUAUUUAUUUAGAAAAUGGUUCACUAAGCACACCUUAACAGAAGCCACGGGAAGAAUAAAAGAACUGUAUAAGCAUUUCUUAAUACACUGUCACUGAUCAAUGAUGGUCUGUUUCCUUGCAAUGUUGUACAUAUUCCACAGAGGAAAUUCAUUGCUAAAGAAUUAACUAUGACAGAUCUUAAAAAAUACCAACCAGUAGAAAAUAAUGGUGCAUUAUUGUAUUAUUUUCCACUAAAAAUACAUUUGCAUCAUCUUGCUCGUAUUCUGCAUCUGAAAAAUUAGAUGAUGUAGCACAGUGAAUUAGCCCCACAAGUACCCUUAUGGGGGUACUAUUCCCCCUUUUCCCCUGGGCAGUGCAAGUCCAUAAUAUGGGAGCACAAAGUGUCCCUGACUCUUAUUGCCUGGGUGCA